AGUUUUAAUUGGGAACUAAACUAAGCAGCAAUCCGAGGAGCCAAAGGUAACAGCAAAGAGGCAAAAGGCUUCUUUUGGCUUUUGCCACUCUCCAAAGGAUCAUUUAUACUAAUCAAAUUCACCACAUCCUUGUUUCUUUCAUGUUCAUUUCUUCUUUCUCUGGAAACCCCUUUAAAUCACUCAGCCCUACACACAAGACAAGCGAAAAAAGCAAGACCCAACCCCCAUUUCUCUUCACCCUCGCUUUCUUUGCACUUCUGACUAUCUCUAUCUCAUCUCAUCAUGGCUCAUUCUGCUGUAUCCCAGGUUUCUGUAGCUGUUCCCAUUGGAAGCGAUAUUUCUCUAAGGAGAUCUGUAUCCAAGAGGAACAGUAUAAGCUUUGGUGACAAGUCAUGGGUUUCCACCUUAUCUUUGGAUUUAAAAUCACGAAAUAUACAGAAGAGCAAUCAGUACAUAGUAUGCAUGUCAGUGCAACAAGCCAGCAAAUCCAAGGUUGCAGUUUCACCUUUAGAGUUGGAAAAUGCAAAAGAGCCCCCUCUAAAUUUAUUCAAGCCCAAGGAACCUUACACAGCUACCAUUGUUUCUGUGGAGAGACUUGUCGGUCCAAAAGCUCCGGGUGAGACUUGCCAUAUUGUGAUUGACCAUGGUGGAAAUGUACCCUACUGGGAAGGGCAGAGCUACGGUGUUAUCCCUCCUGGUGAAAAUCCAAAGAAACCAGGGUCUCCCCACAAUGUUCGUCUGUAUUCCAUUGCCUCAACCAGGUACGGAGAUUCUUUUGAUGGGAAGACAGCCAGUUUGUGUGUUCGUCGUGCUGUCUAUUAUGACCCUGAGACUGGAAAGGAGGAUCCUUCAAAGAAUGGUGUAUGUAGCAAUUUCCUAUGCAACACCAAGCCUGGAGAUAAAGUUCAGAUAACUGGUCCCUCUGGCAAAAUAAUGCUUUUGCCUGAAGAUAACCCAAAUGCCUACCACAUAAUGAUAGCUACUGGCACUGGUGUAGCUCCAUUCAGAGGCUACCUACGGCGCAUGUUCAUGGAAGAUGUUACAUUCAAGUUCCGUGGCCUUGCAUGGCUUUUCCUUGGGGUAGCCAACGCUGACAGUCUCCUUUAUGAUGAUGAGUUUACCAAAUACCUUCAGGACUUCCCAGAUCACUUCCGAUAUGAUGGAGCUCUUAGUAGAGAGCAGAAGAACAAGAGUGGGGGCAAGAUGUAUGUUCAGGAUAAGAUCGAGGAAUACAGUGAUGAAAUUUUCAAGCUCUUGGAUGAUGGAGCCCAUAUAUAUUUCUGUGGGCUCAAGGGAAUGAUGCCCGGGAUCCAAGAAACACUGAAAAGAGUUGCUGAGAAGAGAGGAGAGAAUUGGGAUGAGAAGCUUUCACAACUCAAGAAGAAGAAACAAUGGCACGUAGAAGUAUAUUAGUUUUGCAGGACUGUACUCAAGUUAUGCCCUGUCUUUAAAGAGAUGCGGCAGUGUAGCCAUGGUAGACAAUUUGGCAUUUUUCAUUUAAUCGGACCUUGGAUUUCGCUGUCAGCAUACAUUUGAAUGAUUAAAUAAUCGAGCCAGUUGCGUGAUUAAUACAAAAUUAGAAAACCUCUCCAUUGAUGAUUGUUGAGUUUCAUUUCA